AUCUCCACAGUGCAGACUCUGACAAGGCUCUAUAAAGCUGGGAAUACAGAGAAACAGUGUCGAGCACCUGCAAGAUGCUGAACCUCUCCACCCACGCGUUGGAGUCAGUUUCGAUCUUUGCCCAAAUCGUCCCGCCCCCACCACCAGGGACUAAUUAUAUCGCCGCCAUAAGCCCUACAUUGACAUACAUGGUCGUUGUCGUCAUGUUCUUGGGCAUGUUCAUCCCACUGUUAGUGACGUUAUUCCUACUCUCUACUCGAGAACUCAGGCAUCGGCCGAUCUUUAUCCUCAACGUCUUCAACCUGCUAUUUGGCGUCGCCAUGUGUUCGACCGUGAUCUGGCUCGAGUUCAAUGCUAUCUUGCGAUCACUCGACAUCAACAAGGCCAUUUUCCCAGCGUUUUUCCUGGUCGCUCUCGCGCCUAUCCUCAUUAGCUCGACCCUCUUCGUUCGUGUUAUCGCUGUCUAUUCAUGGAGCAGAAUAUCAACCGGGAACAAGUUGCUCGCCUACGGCUUUCCCAUCGCACUAAGUACUGCGCGAGUGAUCAACCUGGCCAGUGGUUUCCCGGGAGCUCUCCGCGCACCUCGCCUUAUUGACAGCGCGACACCAUGGCACUCCGAUACUACGAAGGCCGAGUGUUUCAUACAGUUAGUUGAGAAUUCUCUCGUCGUGCUUAUUGGCUUAUUCCUCUCGGAGAGCGUCGACGUCGAGAUUACUCUCAUAUUAUUCUUUGUGAACCCAUGCAUGGCGAUCAUCGGCGUGCUCUUCGCCACGGUCUGGGCAGCCAAUAGUCACUGGCAAGCGGACACAGAGUCGCCGCCGCCGUCAUUCUCGCUUAACUUAGGUUCUCGUCUAAGAGAAACUUCUCAGACAUCAGACCGAAGGCAUUCCCAAAUGCACUGCGAUAAUUCUAGCAGACCUAGUUUACAGCAGGAUAUUGAUACCUCCGUGUCGUUGUUAGCAUCCGCCUAG